UGGAGAAAAUAAUUUUUUCAGAUUUUCUAAAAAUGCCGGAGGAAUUUGAGCCUAGUCUCAUCUAUGGACUGGAACUGCAGGGCCGAGCACUGUCAGCUGUUGUCGCGGAUACAGAGAAUAUCCGGUUUCUGGUUGGUACUCAGUCCUUGAAAUCUGAUAACUUCGUCUAUAUAGUUACACUUGACGAAGAUACGGGACAGUUAAACAAGAGAGUAUUGAAGCACACUGGAGGUGAAGUAUGGGGAUUGAAUCCUAACCCUGAACAGCCAAAUAUAUUCCUAUCAACCUAUGGAGAAAAGGAGAAAACAACGUGGAAGAAAAAAUGCGCAAUUUGGAGUGUUCCUCAACAUAGAGGAUCCUCUGAGAUAGAUGAAGGGAGUAUACCUGCAGUUGAGUUAGUUGCAGAUCUAUCCAAGGUGGUUGAAGAAGGUGAGAUGGUUGGUGCCUGGUAUCAACCAAACGACGCCUCUAAGUUGGCCAUGUCUGUAGGGGAUAAAGUAGCACUGGUUGAUCUAGGCUCCUCCGGCCCUCUUAAGGUUUGGGAAUCACAACAUACAGUCCGAGGUCAAACAAGAAUAGAAACCUCGGCUUGGAACCCCCACAGAGGAUGUCACCAGUUAAGUACAGUAUGUGGAAGUCAGAUAAUCUCCUGGGAUUCUAGAACAGGAGAGAAGGCCUGGAAUAUUAAUGUUAAUUCAGGAUCUGCAAUUAGAAGUUUAGAUUUUAAUCCAAAUAAACAGUAUUAUUUAGCAAGCGGCGGAGAUGAUGGUAGUGUAAAUAUCUGGGAUUCAAGACAAGCCACACAACCUCUCUCUAACUCCAGGCUACACUCACACUGGGUAUGGUCAGUUCGGUUCAACUCAUUUCAUGAUCAGCUUCUCCUCUCUUCAGGUUCUGAUUCAAGAGUUCUUCUCAUCUCUCAGGCAAGCUUGUCAAGUGAACCUUAUCGUCAGAGUCUGGAGGAUGAUGAUAAACCAGGAGGAGGACAGGAGUCUGUUUUAGAGGACGGUAUUAUUCAGACCUUCACUGAUCACGAGGAUUCAGUUUACACUGCAGAAUGGAGUUCCGUAGAUCCUUGGACAUUCGCGAGUCUCAGCUACGAUGGGAGAUUAGUCAUUGGUCAUGUCCCGAAGUCGAUCAAAUACCGGAUUUUGAAUCUCAACUGAAGCAGAAAAAUAUCCACCAAAAUCAAAAUCUGUAGGCGUUACCUGGCAUGGAUUUGUAAGAUGAUAUAGUCGGAGAUAUUUAAUCAAUUUUAAACUAAACUGUGAUUUUUAACCUUUGCAUUUGUUAAUUUAUUUAUUAGUAUUCUCAUUUUUAAUUAGAACUUUGAAUGAACAAUCGGAAAUGGUCAAGGAAGAGAAAAGGAGUUGAAUUUGCAACGUCUAGUUGAACUACCUCCUUUGCCAAAGAGAUCAAUCUGAACCAGCAUAGGAGAAAUAGUUCAGCCAGUCAUACCUCGUUCCACUUCUUUAAAUGACGCUUACAGUCCCGUUAAAUGAGAUCUGUUUCAAG